GUUUUUAUUUCAUAGAUAUUUAUAUAAUUUGCUAUUUUUUUCAUUUUGCGCUUGUAAAAAUUAGAAAUGUAUUUUUUGUCUCAACGUAAUAUGUGGUCAUACAUUGUAUAUCCUGUCUGGAAGCAAUGUCAAAGCUGUUUGCAUAUUUCUCUUCCAACCAUCCCGUUUUUAAUUGGACGGUUUUUAUGACAUAGUUACAAAUUUCUGAAACUUAACUUUCGAGUUCCCAAGCGAUAUUUGUGCUUUAGAGAACUUCUUGCGGGAUGACGUUUGAUAUCCUGUCGUAGACGUUUAACUUCACACUAAAAGUGCGUAACGAAUUCGCCAUAUAUUGUCGUUCUUUGGAAUUUUGUUUAUGGUUUUUAUUAUUGUCGGUAUACUUCCGUCCUUUAUUUUACGGCGUUUUGGUCGGCUGUGUGGUUUCCACAAUGCAGUAUUUACUAUUAUUUCAUUUUGUUCGCUCUUGUUUAUAUUCGCAUAACCUUUUGAAUGCAACAGAUGCAAAUGUGACUGCAACUAGUUGUAUGUCUGAUCCUGUCUAGGUCUGUCUUGUUGUCUAUCUUUAGUCAUCCCUUGUGCUUGCUAAGAUUUUCCGUCUUUAGGUAAAUAAUAAUCAUUAAUUCGUGUUCAUCAAGGGAAACGUGUGAAUUCUGUUGUGUUACCUUUCGUACUGCUUGUUACAUCUAAAGGUCGAUGUUUUCUGUUUAACCACAUUCUAAACAGCUUCCAUGAACAGUGAAUAAUAAACACACACCAUGCUGUAACUCGUCUGAUUAUAUUUGGUAAUUUACAUAAAUAUCUAAAUAGUUUUAUGUUUAAGUCAUUAGGUUUAAACCCGUCCUUACGAUAGUAGGUCGUUUGACCUGUGUUAAUCCGUGGAAGCUGUUCUCCUGCAUAGAUCCAGCUUCCACAUGGUGUUCUCUGAUAGAGCUGGUACCUGGUUAUUGAGAUAGGGGGUUCCUGUUACUGACUAUUCAAUGAGAUAAACGCAAUCCGUUUCUGAAUCUAUUCGAUGACGGCUUUUAAACCAUAUUGUGAUGACUUCUGAGAUGAUUAGCCAUAGGAAGAGCAAAACACUAGAAUGUUAAUAUAAGCUCACUUCGCGUUUUACUGUCAGUAUUGUUAGUGCGUCCAUGACUUCUAGUACCUUGGUUACAAGUGUUUAGCUUCUAGCUUGUAAGAAAUCGUGUGGAAGCCAACUCAUAGUGUAACAUCAGUUCAUGUAGUCAGUGAUUGUUGGUUUGAGCUAUGUGGUUAGGUGCAAAAUAUUUAGUUGGGGUCCGUGUGGUGAUCAUGUUCAUACACUCAUACGUACCUUUUCAUCCCUUCCGGAACAAUAUUCUCAGCAUUCAGUUAUUCUCAUCACUACUAAGCAUUCCAGUUAUCUUGUUUCCUAUUAUGUCAAUUUCAUCUCGCCGUUCUGAUGUGCGAUGGGCAUUUAAGCUAACUCACAUUUGUACCAAUCUCUCUGUGUCACUAAACCUUUUCUCAAAUGUUUACGCUUUUUAGAGAAAUUUAAAACUCAUAUUUCAAGGAAAUGUUCAUUAGAACCGCUAUUAUGUGAUUUUACUAAAACAGCUCUCUGUAAUGGAUAUGAAAUGCUCUAGACAUGAACAAAUGCUAAAUAUUAUAAGUGGAGAAAACGUAAAUAUUGAAGAACUUAAAAGAUUGUCUAUUGACGGUUGUCCCGAUUCUAAUGGGAUCCGUUCUAGAGUUUGGAAGGUAAGGUAUUCCUCUACAUUUUUCAGUUCCUUUUAAAUUAUCUUCCUUAUAAUGUCGAAAAACGGCAAGAACGGAUCACUUUUAACAGAAGGCAAUAUGAAGGUUAUGUAAAGGAAUUUGUAUUUGAGUCUUGUGUGGCAGAUGCUAUGCCUGCUGAUCAUCCACUGAAUUUAGAACCAGAUGGAAAUUGGAUCGCGUUUUUUCGCGAUAAUGAAAUUUUACUCCAGAUUAAUAAAGACUGUCAGAGACUGUGUCCAGAUUUUGAUUUCUUUCGUCGUCCCACAGAGUAUUCUUGUCUAUCAUUAUUUGGAAAGGAAGUACCUGUUGGGGUGUUACGGAGAAGAGGGGAAACCUCUGCACUUCAGUCCCGUUCAUUGAAUAAAAAUCUUGCCGGUGUUACAAAUAUAAUUCAUCUACCUACCUACGCUCCUUUCCAACCAAGCCAUCGAUUAUCUUCUGGUUUAGUAACACAAUCACAAAGAAGUAAGAUAAACCGUAAAAGCGAUUGGAAUUCGACCUCACCGCAUCAGGAACCACAUUGGGAAGUGAUUGAAAGAAUUCUAUAUGUAUAUUAUAAAACUCAUGUGUCUCAGGGUUAUGUUCAAGGAAUGAAUGAAAUUAUUGCACCGAUAUACUAUGUUUUCGCCACUGACCCCGAUGAAUCCUGGAGAAGCAAGUUUAUUCUGUGUAUUUAUAUAUUUGCUGAAGAUUUUUGUUGGAAGUUAGGGGCAGGAAACGUGGUAGCGAGGGCGAAUCGGUUGAUGAUGUAGUAAAUCUCCAUCGACUAAAGUAGUCGAGGUGUCUGGUACGAAUUACCAAGCAUUGUCUACCUCGACGUGUGAUGUUGAAUGAUAUAGAAUUAGGCUGUGACAAAGCUAAGUUUAGUCAGUCCAAAACUUCGUAUCGAUCGUUAAGUCAUCAACAGUGAGACUGAAUCAUGUUUGUGGGUGCAAGAUACCUGGUCGAUGUCGAUUAGAUUAUCGUGUCCAAUCGUUGCAGAUGUGAUAUAACAUGGCUCAGAAUGACUGUCAUUUGUGCAGAUGCAUCCAUUCUCUGUCUUCUCUCAGAUUUUGAGUCUCUCAAUUGACUACAUUCUUUUGUUUCAGUAACCUAUAUUUUCUCCUCAAAUCAUAUAUUGUAUGCCUAAUAUUUUGUUACUACUUCUGAUAAUGUUAGUAUUUGUACUACUGUUGUGUUUGUCAUAACAGUUUCAUCUCCAUGAUGAUGUGGUGCGUCAAUUUCAGUCGAUGUACAUGUUGUCAACCUGUAAAGUCAUUCAGAUAUCUUUUGUGUACUUAUUUGUGGCAGUGGGUUUAUUAAUUAUUUCGAGAGUAAUCUUCAUCAAAAUAUUAAAAUAAUAUAUUAGUGCAUCUGGUCAUUUUGCGUGUAUUGGAUUAUCAGUCAUAUGAACAGUUGGAAUAUAAUUUGUCUCAAGUCGUAAACACCCUAGUUAUUGAAAAAAGAUUUGUAUAAAAAAGAUCUCUAAAUGUAUUUAGGACCGAAAUUUUUUUGAUCUUUCAACUUGUCUUGUAACAAAGCAAUGAAGACUUAAUUAUCUAAAUCACACUUUUAUUUUAGAUUUAAUUUAUUCACUAGGAAGCUUUGGGGGAUAAUACCUUCUGCUCGUGAUUAGUUUGUAGUCAUCUGAGGAGUAAAGAUACGUCUCUACUGACAUUUUUGUAAAUUAUAAACUAGUCUGUCGAAAAAUACAUUGAUAAUUUAUACUCCUGAUUUUCGCAAUUUCUAUUCUUGAUGUAUCGAAAUCCUGUUUAAUUUUAUUACCUCAACUCUUUUCACACAGAAUAUGCAGAAAUGGAUACAUUUUAUUGCUUCAAUAACCUUAUGACUGAAAUUCAUCCUAAUUUUCUACGAAAGUUAGAUGGUAGUCGUGAAGCUGGUCUAGGUGGGCAAAUGAAAAUUUUAUCGGACUUAUUAUCUAAAUUCGACAAUAAUCUAUGUAAACACUUUAAAAAAAUAGAACUUGUUCCGGAACAUUUUGCAUUUCGUUGGUUAAGCUUGUUGCUGGCACGAGAAUUCAUGCUUCCAGAUGUACUCCUAUUAUGGGAUACACUUUUCUCAGAUCCACACAGGUUCAACUUACUUCCAUAUGUUUGCUGUUCAAUGUUAAUUGGUAUUCGUGAUCAACUAUUGAAAGCAGAUUUUCCUACGGCUGUUCAACUUGUUCAAAAUUAUCCAUCAAAUGUCGAUGUAAUGCAUAUUCUUUUGAAAGCCAGAACGUUUUAUACAGAUCACCGGAUUUAAAUCCUUCUCUUUCUAACUGUCAAAUGAUUUUUGUUAUUACCACCUAUUCUGAACAAGGAAUAAAAGUGUAAAUGUGCAUUUUUUAAAAAAAAUGUGUGUACAUGUGCGCAUAUGUUCAUACCUACCUAUUCACGAGUUUUCCCCCUCUCUCUCUCUCCCGUUUAUUAAUUUCAAAUAUUUCUUUAUUCCUAAUAAACAUCAGUUAUUUGGUGAUUUAUUACAUAACAACUUUUCGAUAAUUUUUAUAAUGAAAAUUACUGUUAUUGUUAUAAUUUAUUUCAUAUCAAAUUUGUAAUAUGAUUUAUAAUUAAAUGACUUACAUUUUUUUUGUCUCUUUCCUCCCCUUCAUAUUAUUUCUUAAUAAAGUGUUAAUAUGAUUGAUUUGUAUUAAUGACUUUCUUGUAUUCUAUUCGGUUACUGUAUCUUCAUGAUAAUGUACUCAUGAUUUUUUCUCUGUAUUUCUAUCUGAUUAUUAAACUUUAGAUGAUUGUUUGAAUAUUGCGACAGAUUGUUCAAGACAGUUAUUAUUUUUCUUUCUGAUUUUCUAUUUUCACAAUGAAUAUUGUUAUUAUUUUUUGAUUUGAAAACAAUGAAUUAAAUCCUCAUUUUGUAACAAUAUUGUUUAAAUAUAUAUGUGUGGUUUCAAA